AGUCUUUUGUUGUGAACUGAACUGUACCGUUUGUACUAUAGUAGGUGCUAUACGUUGCCAGACCGAUAUCAUCAAGAGAAAUUAGGUUGUCAGUGUGCGACAGAAAAUAGAAGGAAAAGUGUGACCUUGUGCUUCGAAAAUAUUUCAAAAAGUGCACCCGUCUCGUCGUGACAAUUCGGCGAAGGUCGAAACGGAUACUUAAUCGAUAUUCACACCUAACGAAAAGUGAGAACUUGUGACCAACUUUAAAUCCGCAUCCGGAGAUUAAACCGUAUCAAAAAAUGGCCGACAGUGCAAACAAACGUAACAUCCCGAUCAAGCUCGGUGACUUCAGUGUGAUUGAUACGGAGUUUGCCAGCAUCCGCGAGCGUUUCGACUCCGAAAUGCGAAAGAUGGAGGAAGAGAUGGCUAAAUUUAGAUCGGAACUGAUGAACCGGGAGUCAAACUUCUUCGAAACCACAUCGAGUUUUUCCACCAAAAAGACAGCGACGUCCAGCAGCACAACCACAUCGAAUGCAGCGUCGGCGCUGAAACACCCGCAGAGCACGACACAGGUGCAGGACAUCAAUUCGCCGCUGAUACAGGAGGAUGGCGACAACAAGGUGCUGAAGCUUCGGUUCGACGUCAGUCAGUAUGCUCCGGAGGAAAUCGUGGUCAAGACAGUAGACAACAAAUUACUGGUGCACGCCAAACACGAGGAAAAAUCCGACACCAAGUCCGUAUACAGGGAGUACAAUCGGGAGUUCCUGCUGCCAAAGGGAUGCAAUCCAGAGCUAAUCAAGUCGUCGUUGAGCAAGGAUGGCGUACUGACGGUUGACGCUCCGCUGCCGCCGCAGGCUCUGACCCCCGGUGAAACCAUGAUUGCAAUCACUCAUCACUAGAGAGCCGACAAAAUUCGUUCAUUCAGCCAUAUUGCUAAAUAUUCUUUCCGGAGCGCGUAUUCAGUAAAAUGGAAACGGAAGACGUUCAAGAAAAUCGAAAAAACAUGCUUUUAUACUUAUAAUCAUUUUACUAGUUAUGCUGUAGCACACCAACCUGCCGGUUGGUGAAGUGUUUUAGGACAAAAAUGAAGCUGUAUUAAGACAAGAUAUUAUUAAUCAGACCGAAGCUAUCUCUAUUCGGUGGAAAGUAGGCCAUCUCCCUCAUUGAUACCAGUAAAUGCAUGUGAUAUGAUGAAUGCGUGCGCACAUUAUUACUUAAUUAUUACACCUCCAACCUACAUAAAACAACGAUACGCUACACCGAAAUUAACUCAGACGAAUGUCUAUCAAGUGGCCUUCACAUGCAUGAUUAACCAGUUUAACCAAUUUCAUUUUAAAACAACACACAGUAAAUACGGGACUUUGAUAUUCAGGAAAAUUUUACACUUGGCCAAAACGAUAUUAAUUCUUGUACGACCGGGCCACUCGAUUGCUACUAUUAUAUACUAAUUGAUUGGAUAUUGAAUUUGCCGGCAACCGAGAUAUAGGAAUUACAGCUUUAGAUAAAGGAUGGCUCUCGAUCGGGCGCUUUCCAUUUGUGUUUUUUUAUAUUCGAUCGAAGCAGUACUAUCGGAAAACAAUCGUUUGUGUAUUUGUGCUUUAUUUAUUUUAUAUAUCGUAUAAAAUCUGUGAAUGUCAGAGAUUAAAACAGAAUUCUUGCUGAA